UCACGUGGUCACGCCUACUUCCUGUUUACUGCCUGUUGUACCUUCAGACUGUAGUACACAGAGAUUGCAACACUUGCCUGCAGGAAUAGAGCUGUCAUCCACAACAACAUAUGCUGCAUUGCUACUGAUAUACUCACAUAUAACAUUAAUCUAUGUAUCGCUGUGGUCGUGAUUACUAAGGAGAUAUGGAGACGUGACAUUGAGGAAACGUGUGCAGGCCGGGAACGGAUCCUCGACGUUUCCUAUUUACCGGAGUCCAGUUAGCUGGUGCUGAGAAACGAACGUUUCGGUCUUAUGUCCGGAUCCCAGACCCAACAGAGGCGAUGUGGAGGACUAAAACGUUCUGAAUUAGCCUGACUGAGUUCUCAUUUAGUGGAAACAACGAAUUCUACGCCUUAACUAGCUUGUUAGCUAGCGGUGCUAAAUCCGGUAGCUAGCAGUAGCAGUAGCGGCACCAGCCGCCGCGGGGUGAGGUGCUGACUGAGUGGGCUUGUGUUUGGAAAGUGGAGCAGCCCGCCGGUGCCCUGAAUUCAAGUAAACCCUUCGGUGCCAGCCCCCUCAAGCGGGCAGUCAGGAAAAAGCUGGCCGGGAAGAGAUGGCCUGGUCGGUCUCCCCGUUCCAGAGGACAAGGCUCUGCGGUGUUUGAAGGAGGUCUAGUACGGCUGGAGCCCACCACGGGUCGAGGUGCUAUGAUGGCCGCAUCCCCCUCCGCAGCCGGCGUCUUCACGGCCACCAGGCUGUCGGUCAGAAAGAGCGAGGAAAUAGUUGAUUUGAUAGAUUUGUUUUCCAAGACGCAGUACAGAGCAAAGGAGGUCACUCCUCGGGUGGAGGCGAUAGAAAAGAGGUGCUUGGAGUUGUUUGCCAGAGAUUACAAGUUCAGCAUCAUCCAUAACGCCAAUGGAGAAGUGUGUGGCCACUACCCUCGGCAGAUAGUUUUCCUGGAGUAUGAAUCCACAGAUGUGGAGAGAGACAGAUUUGAGAGUGCAGUUCAAAUCAGUAAGCUGCAGGACUUGGUGAACCGGAGUAAGCUGGCUCGCUGCAGAGGAAGAUUUGUCUGCCCGGUCAUCCUCUACAAUGGCAAGCAUAUAUGUCGGUCAUCCACUCUGGCAGGCUGGGGGGAGUUGUACGGACGCACAGGCUAUAACUACAUCUUCUCAGGAGGCAACGACGACACAUGGACGGAGUCGGAGGAUGUUCUAGAGGAUGACAGUGCAGUCAGGAAUGGGGACUCCCAGCUCUUCGACAAGGUCCGAGGCCAUGACAUUAAGCUGCUACGUUACCUCUCAGUUCGUUACAUCUGUGACCUGAUGGUGGAAAACAAGAAGGUUAAGUUUGGCCUAAAUGUGACAUCCUCUGAGAAAGUCGACAAGGCCCAACGCUAUGCAGACUUCACCCUGCUUUCUGUGCCUUACCCAGGGUGUGAGUUUUUUAAGGACUACAAAGACAGAGACUACACAGCUGAGGGUCUGGUGUUCAACUGGAAUCAGGAUUAUGUAGAUGCUCCUUUGACAAUCCCUGUGUGCUUCACACAGAACUUGAACAUUGACUGGACCCAGUACCAGUCCUGGGACCUGGUGGAGCAGACCCAGAACUACCUGAAGCUGCUGCUGCACAUCAUCAACUCUGAUGGUGAAAGUGGUCUUCUGGUGCACUGCAUAUCAGGCUGGGACCGAACACCUCUAUUUGUGUCCCUGCUCAGGCUCUCCCUGUGGGCAGAUGGUGCAGUGCAUGCCAGCCUGGAGCCGGCCGAGAUCCUCUAUCUCACCAUUGCUUACGACUGGUUCCUCUUCGGUCACAUGCUGCCAGAUCGACUCUCCAAAGGGGAAGAGAUUUUCUUUUUUUGCUUCAAUUUUUUGAAGCACAUUGUCUCAGAGAAGUUCUCUGCUGUUAAGAAACAGAGAAGGAAGAACUCACACUACAAAGACAGUGAUUUCACCAUGGAAGACCUCUGCCAGUUAAAGUCCAGGGAUCGCGGCAGUGUGACCAGUCUGAGUAGUGAGUUUUCCCUCAUCACUGAGGAGGUGGGCGGCGCCUCCAGCCUCACCAAUGAAACCGUGGACCUGUUCUCCAACCAACCGUUCACAUCUACCUGGAGAAAAGGCACCACAUCCUCUCCACAGAUGGUUGUUUGGAAUAGACAGAACCCUCCAGAGGAGCACCACUCCCAUCCCAUCAAUGAGGCCCGGUCUUCCAGCUCCUCCUCCUCCAACCAGUCAGAACACAGCAUCACACGAACAGGCAGCAGCCCGUUGGCUGUCCCCGGGAGAAGGUUAGCAGCAGACUACGCUCGGUCAGGGUCCUCCCUCUCAACAGAGUACGGUAGCUGGCAGAUAGUUUCAGGUUGUGGAAGCAUUCAUGACAAUGCACACUUCCAUCCUCCUCUGGCCUCAGCCUCUUCCGUCUCAUCUGCUGUUGCUUCUGCCUACGACUCCCCCCUGCCUUUCAGCUUUCAGGAUGAAGGACCCAGUGGACGUAUGUGUCCCUUCCCCUCAGAGCGUCAGGCUCGUCUGGAGGCGGUACGGGAAGUCUUCCUGGCAGCCUACAGCUCCACUGUGGGCCUCAAGUCCUCGGCACCCAGCCCCUCGGGAGCCAUCUCUGGCCUCCUGGAGCAGUUUGCCCGUGGAGUCGGCCUCCGUGGCACCAACGCCAUCGUCUGAACCCUUUCAACAUGAUUUCAGACCCUCCUCCUGCUUCCAUGCACUCAGUACAAUAAAGUGCCAAACAUCUCUUUUCACUUCAGGGGUGAAGCAUUAAUUUUUUUUUUCUUUGAUUUUUACAUGUUCCACAUUUUAUUUCCUAUGAACUUAAUAUUUAACAUGUUUAUUUUACUUUUGUCAAAUUCAGGGAGGGAUGUGGUCUAAGUGGCCACAGCAUCAAAAAGGGAUAGUGAGAAAUGUAAGCAGCUCAGAAUGAGGUGUCUGUACCUACUACCAAAUAGAAUAGAGAGGAUUAUUUCUUCUUCCAUUCUCCCUCAGUCUGCUCAGAAUAUUUUAACAGGGUUCUUGCAGUGACCGUCCUGUGUCUAGUAAUAACUAUAAUAUAAUUUUAGUUAUCAUUUUCAUACCACUGUUCUUUACUGGUGCAAGCAGAAGAUAAAUGCAGCACUUAACAGAAAUUACUCCGAGCUUAUUUUUUUCUUUUUAAUUUCUAAUUUGGCACAUUAGAUUAAACUAGAAUAUCAGUUUUUUAGUGUACAACUUGAGACGUGCAGUCUAGCCUUAAAGGAUCAUCUUUUCUAGUGGCUAGUGACUUGAUGGGAAAAGAGUUUCUGCUGCUGUGAUCUUUACAUCUGUCCAUACUGGCUGUGAAGUUGUGCCUUCAUAAGAGUCUGGGUCAAAAUAUGCAGUCCUGGUUUGUAGCUAUAGCUAAAAUGAAUGAUUCAAUAAUGAGCCGACCUGAGAUGACAUCUGCUUUAUUGUUGGUAACAUGUCUCUUUUAAACUAUAUUCUGCUAUAUUCUAUAUAAGUCCAUAUCUACAUGGUUGUGCUUUUAUUGUUUGUGGAAAAAAAACACAUUCUACUGUUGUCAAGCUAAUUGUUCAGCCCACCACUUACAUUACCUCCAUAUCCUGUACUUGAGUCAAUAUCCAUAUUCUUCACAGCAAACAGACAGUGCUGAGCAACAUGGUAGCAAACCUGUGAACUGAAGGCCUUUUUAUAAGUUCACUUGAUUCAUGCCGGGAUAAUAUCACACUCAUGUUUAAAAGUGAUUCUGUCAGGUCACACUCGAACAGAUGUUUCUAACCUUGUCUGCUUUGGUGGACACACACUAGUUUCAGGUGAUGUUUCUUUCAAGAUGUUUUUAUCUGAAGCUUGCUUACCUGUUUUGCCAAACGGUUUUCACAUCUGCUGUAUCUCAGGAUCUUUAUUUUUUUUGUGCCUUUGGAGCUGUUUGUUAAUGACAGUUUAGACUGUAGAGAGACAUGGAUUUAGCAGUUUGUAGUGGUUUACACUCUUAUCGUUGAGUCUUAUAGACACAUCCUGAUGAAAUUAGCAAGGCAGGAUGUCAGCGAGCAGACACUUUGGAAAGAGUGAAAUGAGAUUGAAGAUUGAAGUUAUCAUGUCUCUGAUGCACUAGAGCUCAGACACCAAAACUUUCAGAAACGGAAGAUGGAAAUAUGUAGCUAGUUAACAAAAAACUUAAACCAACACUGUGAAAGUUCAUUAAUGAACAUUUUGUGUCCAGUCAGUUGAAGCCAUACUCAUAAUAUAAACAUGACAAAUGUGCUAUUUUUUUUGUCAGUUUUUCCUGUGUACUUAAAGACAUGCACUUAACACAUUUUUUAAUCAAUAUUUACAUUUCACUCAAAAAGAGAAAUCAAAUUUCCCCAAAAUCAUCGUUUGAAAAGAAGGAUUUUUAUAUAUUUUGCUAGACUCUUUGUCUGUACCACAAAGUCACGUGUAUUUUCAUCCUUUCCUUUCAAUAAGGAAUUUGUACUCUUUCAAUUCAUAUUGCUGCAUCUAUCAGUUCUCUGCAUGCUCUGUCAACUGUGUACCUCCAAAGAAUCUGACAAUAGAACAAUCUGUCCAGUUUUAUUUAAGACUGUUUUUACCAUUUCAUGCACCACCUUUCUUUUAAAUGUGUGUUUCCCCAGGAGAUUUAAAUUAAAUUCCAAUCCAAUUAAUUUCUUUACGCAGCCAAUUGCUCAACAUCUGCAAAAAAAAAAAAAAAAAAAACUUGAUUACUUAAAACUCAUGAAUUUAUCUGGUGUUUGACAUUUGCUUGACAUUGUUGUAGUUGUGGCAAAUUCAAUUUUAGUUUUACAGAUUAAUUUUGAACUUUUUAUUCAAAUGCUGCUUUGCAUUUGCCCCAGUGUGUAAAGGCUAAGGCAUUUUUAAAUACGACUACCUUUUUUUCUCUUUUAAUUAUAAUUUGCUCUUAAAAUAUUAGCAGGUGGAAGGCUACAAUGGAUGUUAAACUGAGCUGCAGGUGUCAAUGGUGAAUUAAAAAAAAAUCUGUUUUC